GUUGCAAGCAAGCAUGCCAAGUUUCUAGGCCACCGCAGCCUGACAAAACUGAAUAAUUUGAGAAAUUUUCAAAUAACUGUAACUUUAACUUUCUAUCAAAGCGCCGUAAACAAAUCCCUUGUUUUUGUAAACAAAAAGCUCACUCGUCGGAUUUCAUUCAAUCAUAAUAUAUUAUUUUAUUUGUAGUGUAUUUUUUUAUGUAAUUUAGAUUUCGUAAUUUUUGUUGCAUUGAAUAUGUUUUUAAAAUAAUGAGCAAAAUAAAAGAACUGCCUAAAUCUUCAUCUCAUCUUUUGCAAUGUACACAAAUUAUUACCUCUGUUCAAACUGUUGUAAAAGAACUCAUCGAGAAUGCUAUUGACAGCUCUUCCAAAAAUAUUGAAGUUAAAUUAGAUAAUUAUGGUUUAGAUAAAAUUGAAGUAAAAGAUAGUGGGAGUGGUAUUUGUAAAGAUGACAUUGGUAAAGUUUGUAAGCCACAUUGUACGUCAAAAAUAAGUUCACAUUCUGACCUUAAUCAAAUACAGACAUAUGGAUUUAGAGGAGAAGCUUUAGCAGCACUAUGUGCUGUAUCAGAUUUAGCAAUAACCACUAAAACUGCUGAAGAACAGUUUGGAUUUGCUUAUGUGUUUGGAAAAAAUGGAGAGAUAGUCUCAGCUAAACCCUAUCCAUGUACCCAAGGUACUACCGUGGCUUCUUCAAACUUAUUUAAAAAUAUACCUGUGCGGAAACAAUAUUAUAGAACCGAUAAAAUUAAAAAGGAAGAAUUGAAAAAAAUUGAAGACAUGCUGUAUGCAUUUGGCUGCAUUCAUACAGAUAUUCGAUUUGCCCUAUUUCAUAACAAAAGUCUAAUUUGGCAAAAACCAGUUGUCAGUAAAGUCCGAGAAGGAUUAGUGUCUGUAUUUGGAAGCUCUGUUGUGGAUCAUAUGCAAAAUUGUGAAUUUUCAGAUGAUAAAGAACAGGUUAAAAUAGAAGUUUUCUUACCUAAGGGAAAUGCACCUGCAUUCUGUAGUAAUACUUCUUCCAAUCGGAGUAUUAUUUCUAUAAAUAAGCGUCCUGUACGAAUGAAAGUACUUGAUAGAGUUUUAAAGCAAUGUUUUAGUAAAUCACUUAUGAAUCUUACCAAGUCUCGUUACCCUAUUUGUUACAUUUCAAUUGAAGUGCCACCAUGUGAAACAGAUGUUAACAUUGAACCAAAUAAGACAGCAGUAGUAUUACACAACAUGGAUAUUGUUACUAAACAGUUGACUGCGAUUCUAGAAACAUUUUAUGAAAAUGAUACUCCUAAUGCAGUUGAGGCAGAUUCAGAAGCUAAAAAAUCAGAACUUGCUACUAAAGCAAAAGUAAUGACUCUUGAACCACCAUUAAAGCGUUCUGAAAUCAAUAUUAUAUCUAGCCAAAAUAAUCUAUCUCAAAUGAUGAAACUUCAAAAUAACAAAGAUAAAUGCCUGGAAAGAAAAAAGUUGAGUAAGCCACCCAAUGUGCAAGAACCAUCUGCGAAAAAAUUUAAAGCAUCAAACUCUAAAGCAAAUGACAUUUUUCAGCACAUAAAAACUAUGGAUUCAUUUUUUAUGACUGCGAAUUCUUCAGAAGUUAGAAAUCCUGAUACCGAAUCCACCUUAUUUUCAAACAAUAGCAAUUCAAUAAAGGAGUCUUCAACUUCUCAGCUACCUUUAAAUGGUAAAGAACUGUCUAUAAAUUCAUCUGCCCAAGUAAAAACAACAACACUAUUACCAUCUGCAGUUUCAAAUAUGCCUGGUAACAUGUACUCACCUGAUAACGAAUUGAACAAAAUUCCGUUAUCCAAUACUAAUCAUCAUUUUACUCCUGCAACUGCUGAAAGGAAUCAAUUAAACUCUAUUUCUUCUCCAGAGGAAACUAUUUGUACAAAAAGUAAUUUCCUUGUCACAAAUUUAAAUGAGAAUUCUUUGCUGGCGAAAAGUAAUUUACUAGUGGCAGAUUUAAAUAUCAAUUCUCUGCCAGAAAAAAAUCAUUCAUUGGUCAAUGAUUCAAACAAGUAUUCUAUGCCAGAAAAAAAUAAUACCAAUUGCCAUAUUAACAAUGUUGACUUCAAUAAUUUAUUUAAUUUGGGUGAUUUAACUUCUGAACACUUUGCACCUUGUGUUGUGAAUGCUCCAGUUAAUGACAAUGAUAAUAGUGCCUUGGACCUUAAUGAUGCCUUAAAUUUCCAAACAGCCAAAUUAAUUUUGGAAAAAAAUCAAAAUAUUUUAUCAUUUAAUGAACAACAACCUUGCAAGAAUACAGUUUCUGAAAAUUCCUCUUUGCCUACAUCUGAAAAUCAAAUCUCGUCAAAUGUGACUGCUUCGCAGAACUGGUCUCGGGGAAAACAUGCCAUUCAAGAUAUGCAGCCAGUCGCAGUUUUGAUGCCACAAAUAGUUGAAAAUAGUUCCAAAAAUAUUAAUGAUAAAGAAAUAAUUUUUAAAGAAAAAGCUAAAGAUUCAAAAAUAUUGAACAAUUCAGUUUCAAAUCAGCGGAAAAUGACGGCAUUUGAUUUUUUUUGUCGGAAAAACCGACUUGAAAUUGCAUCGCUAAAUCCUGAAAUGACUAAUCAUCAGAUUGCACAAAUUUUGACUGAAAAAUGGAGUAAUUUAUCUAUAGAAGAAAAAUCUAUUUAUAAAAACAUGAUUGAUAAAACUUAUCCUAAGAAUAUUAAAAACAAAGAAAUACUUGGAAAUUGUGUUAAACAAAAUCUGAAUAAAAUUAAAGGAACUCCUACAAAAAGAAAAUCAAAAAUGAGGAGAAAAUGCAUGGAGAGGAUAAUUUCACUUGAUUUACGAACACCUCACAACUACAUUAGUUCCAGUUCUUCAAAUCUGGGGGAUAUAAAUAUAAUAAGUUGCAUAGCUCCAGGAAUAUGGAUAUUUUCUCAAGACAAUAAGCUCUGCAUUUUGAACACAUUCCGUUUACAAGAAAUGGUAAUUUAUCAUCGCCUUUUGAACACAUUUCGAUUUGAACCAGAGCAAUUGGAAUUCCCUUGCAUUAUAUCAAAUGACUCUUUGGGUGAAGAAGCAAGUGCAUUUAUUUCUCAGUUGCCUAAAAAGGAAUGUUAUAUGGCUGAAACCAUUGUAGAUGAACGAAUUAUUGCUAAUGGUUUUGAACUAAAUUUACUGAAAAGUCAAGAAGAAGUACAGAUCCAAGUAGUAGGCAUGACAAAAAAUAUUGCUUUUUAUUCUGUCCUUGACCUAAAGGAGAUUUUAUUACUUCUGAAAGAAAAAGGCCCUUGUGCAAAAUUGUCUGAAUGUCGACCUGGGAAAGUCAUUCUUUUUUUACAGAGUGAAGCUGUUCGGAUGGCAAGGCAAUGCCCAACUUCAAAAAGCAUACAAGAUGUUGAGGAUUUAUUAAAAUCUAAAGAGCUUCUUCCAUCAAACUGUGAUAUGUGUAUUCAUUCGAAACCAUUUAUUCAUGAAAUAGCAACUUUGUAGUAAUUUUUCAAAUGUGUACAUAACAAACACCCAUUGUUAUUACAUUAUAUAGUCUAUUAUUUGAUUUUAAGCAAUUGCUUAUUUCUACUGCAAAGACUAUUUGUAAAAUAAAAAUUCAUGAACUUUAUUUGUUUAUGUAUAAAUAUUUUAAAUACAUUAAUUUAUAUUGUUUAAUAAACAGACUGUAACUUUUGAUGA